CUUUCUUCACCCACCACCACCUUUCUCGAGCUCCCCUCAACCCAAACUGGACACUGGCGACUCAUAUGUGCGAGUCCGAGAGUCGCAAUAAUAGGCCAGCGCCACUGCCGAAGACCCGCAACCCCAGCUGCUCAGCACGAAGCGACGAAAAUGAUGGUCCCCGCUUGGUCCCCGCGCCGAGCACAAGGGUUGAGGAUUCAGGAACGGGUGGGUGUUGCAUGUGUGGCAGGCAUGUUGGUGAUGUGGGGGAGCCGCUGCGAAAUUCAGGGGCACGAUUACGGGCCCAGCUCGCGCCGCAUGUUUCGACCGGAAGGCUCCGAGCUGAAGUGGCGGGCAGCGCGUAGUGGUUGCGCAAAGGAGGCCCGCAUCGCUGGGCACGAUGCAGCACGCUGGAGGAUGUGGCCUGGGCUGAUGUUUGCAGCCUGGAAGCAGCGGGCCGGCGGCGUCGGGGCCCUACAAUGGACGGGAGUGCGGUCGAAUGAGGCGGGCAACGUUGAUGGCGUCGGUGUCGCGCAUCAGCGUAUGCGUUGUUGGCGGGGAGCAGAAGCAAGAACUGGGACUGGCAGCCAGGGAUGGGCCCGCGGUCAGCCCUCCGACCGGCGGGCAGUGUUCAAGGCGGGCAAGGUGGUGUGGUUGCCCAAUGGGGGCGCGCGCAUUGCUGGGACGCUGGAGGCUGUGGUCCGGGACGGAGUUUUGUAG